AUGCUAUCGACGCGCAUGCACCACUUCAUAAUAAGGGGCGGGGCUAUAGUGUCUGGCGUCGGGACCGUGGAAAGAUUGGAGCAGUGAUUGCCUCUGCUAACCUAAACACUAACAGACAUGUCUCCAUGGAUACAGUUUUUCUCUAGCAGCACACUGUAAGGAAACCAAGUAUAUUUAACCUCAUUCGGUAGUUUCCUCCCGAACCGCCAGAGCCUUAGUGAUUAUAGCCCUCCGUUCGGUAGUUAGGGUAGAUGAAUCCUAUAGCAAUUCCAAUAAUCUCACCAGAUAAUUCCCUCAGUGAAACACACGAAUCCCCAAACAUCAGCCGAAGUCAAGAAGAAGGGUAUAAAAUGAACUCUCCUUUAAUGGGUGCACACAGCUUUUAUGCAAGUCCCCAUGCAAGGGGACAGCCCUCAGGGAGGGACAAACAAUAACCAAUCACAAACAGUAAAAUGUUAACACACACCUACAAUUCCCUCCCCUAGCCAAGGAGAUAAUUUAGUCUGAUAAAAUAGUAACUUAAUUAUCUCCGGGCUGAAAAAUCACUUUUUUCCCAACUUUCAGAACACCCCUUUAUACUGGGGGUAUCCCCAUAAAUUAUGUGUCCCCUGAUAGCCCUGAUCUGGGUGGCCAACAUAUUUGAAUUUCACCCAGAUCGGUUCAGGGGUUUGCAAAUUUUAUGGAAGUCUUGUGUGACCGGCUCACCCUGGGCUGCAUGCCCAAAACAGUUCCACGAAUUUGGUGGGUUUUGCCGGUCACUUUCGAAAAAACAUUAAAAUGAAUUAAAAUACCGAAUGGAUCCCUCUGGCUCCCAGCAGCGUUCAUGCCCCUCUGUCGAAUGCACCAAAGUACCGAAUAGCGCUCUUCUAGCUAUUCGGUAAAUAGAGUUCCAGCAUUCGUCUGUUUGGGACCGGUGUUCGGGAAAUCGAGUGUCUGUAAAACAGUUCCAUGCACUCGACGACCAGGUCCUGCUGCCUUUGUUCGCAUGAACAAAGAUGGCCGCGGUUUUCUCUGCCAUGUGGCGUUCGACUAACGAACGCUGGACGCACAGACAGAGGUAGCAAUUUCACCUAAACCUUUGAUGUUCAAUGAGCCAAAGGGGGGUCCUUGUUCGGUAGUUUCAUCUACCGAAUGCAAUAGGCAGCCAUAGAGGAUAAAAAGGGAAUGCAAACAGUAAAUAACAUAGGGAACAGGGGGUUUCUUCACACACACAGCAAGACUACGCAUCAUUACCACCCACCCUCACCUUCAUAAAUACCUCUCACCUCCACCCCUCCCCCUUUUUUUGGUUUUCUCUCUUUCUCACAUCGAGUUGGGAAAUUUCACUCUGCAUAUUUGAGAGAUGGACUCCUAUACUAGCUUAACACUUAGACUUCUCACCAAAAAUCUGGUAGACUAAACUGCUUGGCUAAGUAAUUCAUUGGCCUUUCCUAGAUGGGGGAAAAUUCAACCAUGGAUUAUCCUUGUUUUAUCUCUGUCAUAUGUCUAUCUUUGUUUAUUCUGUUUUAUAUAUUGACAAAGAUUUGAAAAUACAAAAAAAAAUUGCUGGAUCAUCCUGAAUUUGUGGUCCUCUGCCAAUCUCUAGGUUUGGUCUGUUUCUUUCCAUAAAACACAAUAUCAUUACAUGUGCUCUUGAUGCAAAGAGUACGAUUGCCCAACACUCCCAGUUUCGGCAGGACAAUCCAACAUUUGAAAAGCUGGACACUAGGGAGCUGUUCCAGGUAAUUUUUGAAUUCUCACAUUAGUCAAUAACUCUGAAUAAAUACCAGGCACUCCAAUGUCUUCAGGCACCUUUAUUGGAACAUGUGGAACACUGUUUCGACCGACAAUGGAGUCUUUUUUUUUUUUUUUAAACUCAUUGGGAGUCGAAAUGUUGUGGUGUUCCACAUGUUCCAAUAAAGGUGCCUAAAGGCAUUGGGUUGCCUGGAUCCUUUUUCUAAUGCUGGAAUUUAUUAUUUUCUGGGGUUGUGCUGGCCUUUGGUUCAGUUAAGCACCCUGUCUUAAGUGAAUGGAGUGCAGUUCCUUUUCCAUUUUGUGAAAUAACCCUGUGAAUGUCAAAUUAUGGAACAUUGGCAAGAAAAAUUAAAUUUAUAUGCCAAAACAAUGUAAUUAGCGGUGGUUUUUUUUUCUUCUUCAUUUUAGCUUUUUUGUCACCUAACCUUAAUCAAUUUUCCCUGAUUCUUAGAGAAAAUGCUAUUUUUGUACAUGUAAAUAUAAACUUAGUAUCAGAAAAGUAAGACGACAAACAUAACUCUUCUUCAACCAAAGGCUGUAAUCGAACAGUAAAGUCUGCAAUAAGCAAACUGUGCUUUAAUAGAAUUCUAUAUCCUUUUUUCAAUAGAAUGCCUGUCGUUUCCUUCUUAAAAUCAAUGACACCAUAAUUGCAUAUAGCGGUGUAACUGAAAAUAAAAAGUCCUCAGUUACAUAAUUACUUUCAAAUAACCAGAACAGAUUUAUAAGACAAAUGUUUCAAUAUCUGGUGGUUUAUAUGUUUCUGCAUUUCCUUUCACCCUGUAAACAUUGGGUCAAAAAAAGAAAGCUUAUUAGAUUUUAGGAUUGUAUCUGUAUAUCCCAAUGGUGCCAUUAUGGUAAAACACGACCCUUAACCCCUACAUUAUUCUCACACACUACAUUACAGUUCACCCCAGUGUUACACAUUAACCCUUUACAUUACCCUAACAUGCUGCAUUAUCACUAAACAUCGACUCCUUCACUACACAUGAAUCACUACACUAACACUAACCAUUAACAGUACCUUAACACUUAUACUAACCAUAAUCUGAAAACCUCAUGUAAUUUGAAAAACACAUAGCUGAGCAAGCAUGUGAAACAUUUACAAAUCACUAGACCUUCUGACUCUUAUAGGUUUUUUUAAUGAUGUUUGCACCCCCCACCCCACCCAUAGUACACUGCUGUGCAUUUAUUCCACAUAAUGAAUGGUUAUAAUGCACAGAUUACCUUCAUGCAGUUUAGGGAGGCCUAAUUUCAGGCAUAACUGGUAUGUGCACCCUAGUCUGCCCUAGAUUACAGGGAGUGCAGAAUUAUUAGGCAAGUUGUAUUUUUGAGGAUUAAUUUUAUUAUUGAACAACAACCAUGUUCUCAAUGAACCCAAAAAACUCAUUAAUAUCAAAGCAGAAUAUUUUUGGAAGUAGUCUUUAGUUUGUUUUUAGUUAUAGCUAUGUUAGGGGGAUAUCUGUGUGUGCAGGUGACUAUUACUGUGCAUAAUUAUUAGGCAACUUAACAAAAAACAAAUAUAUACCCAUUUCAAUUAUUUAUUAUUACCAGUGAAACCAAUAUAACAUCUCAACAUUCACAAAUAUACAUUUCUGACAUUCAAAAACAAAACAAAAACAAAUCAGUGACCAAUAUAGCCACCUUUCUUUGCAAGGACACUCAAAAGCCUGCCAUCCAUGGAUUCUGUCAGUGUUUUGAUCUGUUCACCAUCAACAUUGCAUGCAGCAGCAACCACAGCCUCCCAGACACUGUUCAGAGAGGUGUACUGUUUUCCCUCCUUGUAAAUCUCACAUUUGAUGAUGGACCACAGGUUCUCAAUGGGGUUCAGAUCAGGUGAACAAGGAGGCCAUGUCAUUAGAUUUUCUUAUUUUAUACCCUUUCUUGCCAGCCACGCUGUGGAGUACUUGGACGCGUGUGAUGGAGCAUUGUCCUGCAUGAAAAUCAUGUUUUUCUUGAAGGAUGCAGACUUCUUCCUGUACCACUGCUUGAAGAAGGUGUCUUCCAGGAACUGGCAGUAGGACUGGGAGUUGAGCUUGACUCCAUCCUCAACCCGAAAAGGCCCCACAAGCUCAUCUUUGAUGAUACCAGCCCAAACCAGUACUCCACCUCCACCUUGCUGGCGUCUGAGUCGGACUGGAGCUCUCUGCCCUUUACCAAUCCAGCCACGGGCCCAUCCAUCUGGCCCAUCAAGACUCACUCUCAUUUCAUCAGUCCAUAAAACCUUAGAAAAAUCAGUCUUGAGAUAUUUCUUGGCCCAGUCUUGACGUUUCAGCUUGUGUGUCUUGUUCAGUGGUGGUCGUCUUUCAGCCUUUCUUACCUUGGCCAUGUCUCUGAGUAUUGCACACCUUGUGCUUUUGGGCACUCCAGUGAUGUUGCAGCUCUGAAAUAUGGCCAAACUGGUGGCAAGUGGCAUCGUGGCAGCUGCACGCUUGACUUUUCUCAGUUCAUGGGCAGUUAUUUUGCGCCUUGGUUUUUCCACACGCUUCUUGCGACCCUGUUGACUAUUUUGAAUGAAACGCUUGAUUGUUCGAUGAUCACGCUUCAGAAGCUUUGCAAUUUUAAGAGUGCUGCAUCCCUCUGCAAGAUAUCUCACUAUUUUUGACUUUUCUGAGCCUGUCAAGUCCUUCUUUUGACCCAUUUUGCCAAAGGAAAGGAAGUUGCCUAAUAAUUAUGCACACCUGAUAUAGGGUGUUGAUGUCAUUAGACCACACCCCUUCUCAUUACAGAGAUGCACAUCACCUAAUAUGCUUAAUUGGUAGUAGGCUUUCGAGCCUAUACAGCUUGGAGUAAGACAACAUGCAUAAAGAGGAUGAUGUGGUCAAAAUACUCAUUUGCCUAAUAAUUCUGCACUCCCUGUAAAGGGAGGCUCUAAGCAAUAAAACAACGUUAUAUUCAUGAAGCAAUUUUGGUGUAUAGAUCAUGCCCCUGCAGUUUCACUGCUCAAUUCUUUGCCAUUUAGGAGUUAAAUCACUUUUGCUACUGUUUAUGCUGCUGUAACCCCAUUUCCCAUGGCUGUGACUCACACCGCAAACCUGAAAAAAAUUGUUUAAUUUUAAAUCAGAUCUUACAGCGCAGUGUAUUUACUUUUUACGUUUUUAUCUACUGCUCUGUUAAUUGAACUUUACUCAUACACAUGAGGUGAUAUAGCUGUAGCAUAGAAUUCUGUACAAUGUUAUGCUGGAAGUCUACACACAGAAACCACAUCUAAUGAUAAUUUCUUCAAGUUUUUGAUAGCAAAUAUAGAGCAAGUGGGAGAUUUGUUCCCUACGUAUCCAUAUUCCCAAAUACUACAGAUUGUCCCCCAUAGCUGGCCUAGAGCCCCAAGACAACGACCAAGGAAGUAUUAGCAGCGAGGCAAACAAGGCAUUUGCGGCUAACUAACAAUCCGGUCGGUCGGGCGGCGCUGACGAGGGAACACUUUCCUCUGGGCGCUCUGCUCAGCUCCCUCGCGCGUGUGUCUGUUAGUGUGAAUUUAUUUUUGUUAGUGUAUGUGUCUGUUAGUGUGUGUGUUUUUCUGUUAGCUAGUGUAUGCGUAUCUGUCAGUGUGUGUAUUUAGAAGGCGGGGCAAGGGGGAAGGGUUGGGUGGUGGUGGUGCAGGCCCUCCAUGUCCAUUUUGUUUGGGGCCCCCAAAUUCCUUCAAACGGCCCUGUCAAUGACCAUAGUACACACCAGCCCAAAUACAUAUAGUAAAAACCAAAGAAAAAGUUACCUGCGCUCUUUCCAAAUCCCUAUGUAUUUUUAAACAAAUGGAGGUUUUUAGUUACCUCCAAUGGCCAUGAGGUGGGUCCUAACUCUAACCAUUCACCUUGCUUCCUUGAGCUUUUGGCAUUUUUUUUAUAUAACCCUUUAUUUGCCGUGGGCAGUUUUGUAUACUGAAAACUAUAGUGUGUGUGUGUGUGUGUGUAUACAGGCAUUGCCCAAGUUAUGGGUCCCAUAUUUCAUGUGAAAAUUAUGUUAAAAGUAUUAGCAGUGAGUGCACCUAUAAAGAAUAACGUGGCCUAUUGUAAUGCACUUUCAUUGGUUUAGGCAAUGAUUUUACCAGUACCUAUUUGUCAUUAUUAUGCAGAUUUGUACGGAGCCAACUGCUCGUGUGAAAGAUUCUGGAUUCAAUCGUUUUCCACUUUGGUCCGAGAAAAAAAUCUACCAGGGAAAGAAUUAUUUAAUUAUUUAAGAAUAAAUGGUUUAAUUUCUAAGUAUCUUCCGAGUAGUAUUUCAGAGGCAAUGAAAGAUGUAGAAUUGCUAUAUAAUCAAUCUAAUUCUAAAGGAAACAUCUCAAAAUGUGUGCAAGUACUAUUAAAAAUGAGUAAAGGCAAUAAUUGUAAUGCAAAAAGAAAAUGAGAACGUGAUCUAGGUAUAGAACUGCACUACAAUAAGUGGACGGCCUCUCUAGUAUUCACCUAUAAACAUAUUCAUGCUUUGAAUCUGAGAGAGAUACAAUAGAUGGUAUUGGGUUCCGAGUACAUUGGCUAAAUUAAAGAACUGUGUAAAUCCAGAUAUAAAGUGUUGGAGAUGUGGUGGUAAUUUUGGGUACUACUUUUUUUUUUUACAUAUGUGGUGACCUUGCCAAUUGAUUAUUCCGAUUUGGGAAGAGGUCUUUUUGUUUAUAAAAAAAUCUAUGCGAUAUUGAGUUAGACAGAUCUUAAGAGGUAGCGUUAUUACGAUACAAUCUCAAUACAGUGUAUACGUUUCCUCUCCCUAUAGUCCUUCACAUCCUUACAGCAGCUAAAUUAAUGGUCCCUAGGAAAUGGAAAUCAGCUAGCCUACUUCGAUGUGACAGAUUAUAUAAACAGAUAAUGCAAAAUGGAACUAGGUUGUGCAAGAACAGAGAAUUGGAACUCAAACAUGGUUAGAAUGUGGUUAUAAUGGAUUAAAAAGUUAGACCCCCUUAAUGCGCAUAUAUUAUUGUAAGAAACAGGACUUGUCAAUGGAAAGAUAGGGCUUCAACAUUUAUCUCACAGGGACGCCUAGGUGUAAUUUGUGUGUAUAUUCAAGAUGUUAAUAAUGUAUAUGUAUUACAGUAAUUGCGAGUUUUUUAUUAGAAUUUAUGUCAUGUCAAGUCAUGUAUGUAAUGUCAUUUGAAAUAAAGAAAAAUGUAUUAACAAAAAAAUAAAAAGAUCCUGGAUUCAGUUGUUUACAUAGGUGGAGACUAGAUUAUCUGAUUGGUAGAGAUACCAAAUCCUAUAUAUGUGGUUUAGUGUGAACUAUGGAAAGCCAAAGGAGACUGUGAGAUAAGCAUCAAUCUGUGCUACAUGGAGUUCUCUCUUGAAAGAGCUUAUCUGAUACACUAGGGAUUGUGGACAACUCAACUUGUAGACAAGAACAGCUCAACUGGGAAAAACCUCAGUUUUGUCAGUUGCUAAAUUUUUGUUUAGUGAAUAAUCCAUGAAUAAAUGUAUUGGGGAAAUCCUGAAACUCUUUUGGAACUGAUUGCCAUGAUGUGAUAAUUAAUUAUACUUCACAUGACAUAAUAAACUGCUGGCAUUGUGUUUUCUUCUCUCGCUUUUUAGAAAAAGGACUUUAAUGUGGAAAAUCUGAGCAAGCCAGAAUUGCGAUUCCUUUUAAGUAUAUUGGAAGGAGAAUUAGAAGCAAGGGACCUUGUGAUCGAAGCCUUAAGGGUAAGUUUAUUAUUUUUACUUGCUUUCUUAAAAUGAAUAUUGAAUGCAGUUUUUUUGUUUUGUUUUUUUUUUGGUUUGUGUUUUUUUUCUUUAGUAUUUUGUUACAUGUGUCGGUGCUGGGAAAAUUUUACCAAUGAUGGCCUCAAUUUUAAUAUUUUGGGAUAAAGUUUUAACUGAUUUAAUAUUUGUAAUACAUUUUUUUGACAUGAUUUAGUAUAUCGAAAAUAUUUUUAAAAAAUUUAUUUCUAAAUUUAUAUAUUUUUAUGUGAUAUAUUGGGGGGAAAAAAUAAUAUUCAAAACGUUUUAUCCAACAUUAUUAAAACAUUUCACAAGCAUAUCCAACAAUUUUAAAUUCAGGCCAGUGUUAUUUAAUAUAUAUAUAUAUAUAUAUAUAUAUAUAUAUAUAUAUAUAUAAUCUCAGAAAUGACCGCACUCCAAGGACUUUAUAGAGAUUUUCAAAUAAAAUUUAGCUUUUAUUCAAUCCAUUUAAAAAGUCAACGUUUCAGCUCCCACAUGGAGCUUUCAUCAGGACAAAACAUAACUUACAAGUGCAGACACAAAGAAAUAUAUACCCCCAAUCCCUCAAAAUAAUUUACCUUAAUUGUGUACUCACCUAGCCAUGAGACAGCUUGCCCUGCAUUAGAGAGUAAUGUAACUCUGAGUGUGGUGGCCAUGUGUGCAAGGCCCAGGAAAGGGGCGGGGCUACAGGUUACUAAGUAACAAUCCAACUGGACUGGUUGCUUUCCACUUUGUGUCCUAGUAGUAGCUACUCAUGAUUGAGCUCAGGGUAAAGUAGGAGUGGAUACAGAGUCUAGAAUGUUUCAAAAAUGAAUCUAACUGUCUUCAUAUAUUUUAAACAGUAUAACAGGCUGGAAGGGCCAUCAGGAAUCCAAAAUCUGUUACCAUACUGGAAAUUCACUCUUUGAGUGCUGGAGCAAUUCAUCCAAUGCAGCACUGAAAGGGUGUAUCUGUUCCUGUGUAACUGAGGAAAGAGCUGGACUAUAAGUCUAUUCUUAAACUUGUAGCAAAUAGGGUGGGCAUAUCUCAUGGUUCGGAUCUAAAAAACACAUUUAAUAUAGACAUACAUGAUUUUAAAAAUAAAAAUAAAAACAACAGCAAGACCUUGAACUUAUCCGCUCACUAGCAAACGAUGUGAACUUGGUCAUUAGACCGGCGGACAAAGGUGGAGGAAUAGUACUUCUUAACUACUGUGACUAUCGAGUGGAACUUCUAUCCCAGCUUCAAGAUACAGACACCUACACCAAACUUAAGGGCGACCCUACAGCAUGUAUCACACAACAAAUCUCGGCAAUUGUACAAAGAGGAGUGGAAGCUAACUUUGUGACAACAGAGUUACAGAAAUUCUUGAUCCAGUCCACACCUAAGACUCCGAUUAUUUACACCUUACCCAAGGUACACAAGACCAUUGAUCAUCCACCAGGCAGACCCAUAGUGUCAGCCAUAGGGGGAGUACUGGAACCAUUGGCUCAGUGGCUGGACUAUUUAUUUAAAGAUACAGUUGUCAAGCUUCCCACCUGCAUUAAAGACACUCCAGACCUAUUGAAACUUCUGGACACCAUCAAUUUACCCAACACUACUACACUGCUGGUAACGUGUGAUGUGAAAAGUCUCUACACAAUCAUUCCUCAUUUGGAUGGUAUAGAAGCAAUGCGCAAAGUGUUACAAGACUCAACAACAUACACAGGCCCCCCGAUUGAAUACAUCAUGGAAAUCCUGGAGGCAGUCCUUACACUUAACUACUUCAGAUUUGAAGAAACUUGGUACCAGCAAAUAGCGGGGACCUCCAUGGGAGCAGCUAUGGCACCCAUGUAUGCCAACAGCUUUAUGUAUAUAUUUGAGACCCUCCACAUUCUACAACCGUAUGAAGCAAAUAUUUUAUUCUAUAGGCGCUUCAUUGAUGACGUGUUCCUUAUAUGGAAGGGAGAUCACCAGUCCAUUUUGGAGAUGAUAGAGGCCAUCAACAGGGCACCCACACCGGUCAAAUUAACGAUGACAGUGAGCCAGGAUGCAGUGAAUUUUUUGGAUGUCCAUAUCUUUAAAAAAGAGAUGAAGCUUGGGUAUACUUUAUUCACCAAGACAACGGAUCGUAACACCCUACUCCAGGCUGACAGCUUUCACCCACGACACUUGAAAGAAUCCUUACCACUCUCCCAGUUCCUAAGGGUUAAAAGGAAUAACUCAGAACCCACGAGAGCAUACUUACAAACUAAAGAAACAUGGAAUAGGUUUAAACAGAGAGGCUACAAGGAUGCUACUCUUCAGAAAGCACUUGAUAAGAGCCAACAGCCUAUGAGAGAGAAAAAAGAUGAUACACCACGACUUGUCUUUCCGACCACCUACAAUACGGCAUCCCACAGCCUCAAGAACACCUUGAACUCCAACUGGCGUUUACUAUCAGAAGAUCCAACACUACCAAAAAUCUUUCAGAAUCCACCCAUGUUGUGCUAUAAACGGGGAAAAAAUCUACGUGACCUCCUGGUAAAGACGGACCCAGUACACUGCUAUACCAAACAACAAACAGCACAGAGCCUUGGUUGCUAUCGCUGUCUGGGCUGUGUCACCUGCAGCCACAUGAUACCUGGAAAAUCCUUCCAGCAUCCACACACUGGGCGGAAGUACCAAAUUAGGCAUAGGUUGACCUGCACAUCGGAUUUUGUCAUCUAUAAACUCCAGUGCCCGUGUGGCCUCUCCUAUGUGGGCAAAACUGACCUCCCACUGAGGGAACGGAUCCGCAACCACAGAUCCAACAUUCGCAUUGCCUAUAGGGACAAUAAGGCUGAACUCCCUGUAGCAAAACACUUUUUGGCCCAUGGCCACACGUUACCCACCCUGAAAUUUAUGGCUAUAGACCAUAUACCCCCCCUCAGACGUGGGGGUGAUCGAAGUAAACUUCUCCUACAACGUGAAACGUUCUGGAUAAAAACUUUGGACACAGUAUAUCCCAGAGGCUUGAACGAGAAGUACACAUUAUCUAUGUUUCUAUAGUACAUUUUUUUGUUUCCCUGUAGGAGUUAAAUACACUGUUUAAUCUAAUCCAAUAAUCCUAAACAUAUUUGUUUAUACAGCAAUGUGUAUAGCUUGUCUUGUUGCUAUAAUUUGAUUUAUGCUCCCCCUGCAUACAUUGCAUAUCAUUGCAUUGCUUGUUCCAUGCAUGGUAAUUAGGUUAUUACACAUAGUUUGGGCACACAUACUAAUCAUAUAGGGGUUAAAUACCCUACUAGACCACCAUACUCCAAUGCUGUGUGCUAUGUACCUAAGAGAUAACACUACUCAUGUCACAUCUUGUAUAUAAUCAUAAAUAACUAUGCAGGGGACACUAUGCAAUUCAACACUGGUCAUUUUGUCUGUCCAUAUUAUUUAUUAAACUUUAGUACCCUAUGCAUAAUCAAUGUAUUAACAUGGUAACAUCUCCUGCCUUGAGCUGUUGUUUUUAUUUUUAUUUUUAAAAUCAUGUAUGUCUAUAUUAAAUGUGUUUUUUAGAUCCGAACCAUGAGAUAUGCCCACCCUAUUUGCUACAAGUUUAAGAAUAGACUUAUAGUCCAGCUCUUUCCUCAGUUACACAGGAACAGAUACACCCUUUCAGUGCUGCAUUGGAUGAAUUGCUCCAGCACUCAAAGAGUGAAUUUCCAGUAUGAUAACAGAUUUUGGAUUCCUGAUGGCCCUUCCAGCCUGUUAUACUGUUUAAAUAUAUGAAGACAGUUAGAUUCAUUUUUGAAACAUUCUAGACUCUGUAUCCACUCCUACUUUACCCUGAGCUCAAUCAUGAGUAGCUACUACUAGGACACAAAGUGGAAAGCAACCAGUCCAGUUGGAUUGUUACUUAGUAACCUGUAGCCCCGCCCCUUUUCUGGGCCUUGCACACAUGGCCACCACACUCAGAGUUACAUUACUCUCUAAUGCAGGGCAAGCUGUCUCAUGGCUAGGUGAGUACACAAUUAAGGUAAAUUAUUUUGAGGGAUUGGGGGUAUAUAUUUCUUUGUGUCUGCACUUGUAAGUUAUGUUUUGUCCUGAUGAAAGCUCCAUGUGGGAGCUGAAACGUUGACUUUUUAAAUGGAUUGAAUAAAAGCUAAAUUUUAUUUGAAAAUCUCUAUAAAGUCCUUGGAGUGCGGUCAUUUCUGCUAUGUCUACAUGAUCCUUGCCAGACCAGCACCGGGCACCACAGGAUUACACCAGGAGUGCAAGCCCUCGCUAUAUAUAUAUAUAAUCUCAAUGUAUAGUUCAGAAAAUAAAGCAUGAAUUAUAUACUUAUAUUAGUGUUGCUCACUUUUCAAAUUUUGUGUUUUUUUUAUUUAUUUUAACUUGAUACCUAUCAUGGAAACUUCCAUUUUUAUUUUUGUUUUAACUUCUUUUUCUUCAGAUUUUACAUUACUAUUAUCUGUAUUUUUAAGGUGGUUGCAAUUAACCUUGUAAUGCUACUUUGUCACAUUCAAAUAAUCAAUGUAGCCCAGUUCUCUGUUGCAUUCCCUUGUUGUAACACUGUGACAAUUAUUUUUAUGGAGCUACAUUUAUGAAAUAUAAUUUUAUGAAAAUGUCAUUAUCACUCAGCAUGUCUGUAACAUCAUAAAGUGUAUGAGUUAUUUCGAGAAGAUCUGCUAAUUGAAAAUAUCUUCAAAUAGGUAGUUAAAUCAACAUAACUACAGCUAGGUUAUGUUGCAUAGAGUACACUGACACUGCCCCUUGGAUUAAAGUAACUUUAUCACCUCCCAAGGUCAUUGAAUACUUUGCAAACACCCCUGAUGGUAACAUCACUGCUUGGGGUGCGUGGCAUGUUGAUGUAGCAGAGGUGGGCUCUACUUACCCAAUGUUGUCCUCCUUGGGGACCAACAUCUUCAAUCUUCAGCUCCUGGAUCCUCAUCCACCAGGAGACCAUGUCAGUGCUGUACUCUAGUGCUUGUUCGACAGUACAACACUGAUGUCUACAGAAUAUCCCAGAAGACCACGUGUGCCUCCAUAGUUAUUGUCUCGUGAUCAGCUAGACUAGCGAUGGCUUGUGUAAUUGACAGAACUUUUGUAUAUUUUGUCAACGUGAUGCUUUACCAUAAAACAAAGCAGUCCCUACUUUGUCUUGUGAUAUAUUUUGGCCGUGUUGGAAUUUCAAGGAAAUGCACUAUUUAUGAGAAUUUCAUGACGUUUUUAUCUUUAUAAAAUGCUCAAAAAUACCUUUUGGUGACAGAGCAGCUUUUAAAAUUAAACCUUUUAGGAACCAUUUGAAAUAAUCCGGAUGUCAUUGACCCUUUAUGUGUAAGUAAACAUGGGUUUUAAAAUAUUUAUCCUAUAAUAGCUGCUUUCUGGUGCCGUUAACACAGUAUUUUGUUGUUAAUCCAAGAAGAGUAAUCCAAGAUGGCUGGUUUUGUUACACCAUAAUCUUUACCAGUCUCUGCUUACCAUUUGAAAUAAAAUAGUAUUCGGAAUGUUUUUUUUGGUGAAUAUAAUUUUGAUUUAUAUUUAUAUUACUUACGUAUAUGUCGGAGACUCGCAGGUCUCUGAGGUGAGUAGUCAUAAUUUUUAGAGAACAUCAAUGUAUGUUUGGGCUCGCAGGCCCACAAUGUUGACGGACUUGCAAGUCCCUAUUUUCCAGAUUCACAAGUAACUUCAUGUACAUUUUACCAUCUGCCAUUUAUUUUACUAAUUAAAUCGUGUUUAUGUGAUUUAUAUGAUUCAUGUACAGCAGCCGGGAUUCGUGUUACAUUUGUGUUGAGGUUCGCAGACCUCUUAUCCAACCUUUAUUGUUAGGCAACGUUCCAGUCCCUACAUCUUAUGUUGGGUAUUGUGUCUUUAGCAGACUUAUGUGAGCCUCCACUUAGUGUCCUGGAUGUCGUGUGUUUGGGGUACGGUGUACCCGUGUUGAGAGGUUUAUGGCUCAUAUUUCGGGAAGGUGUGAUUGUAGCUUGUUGCUGUCCUCCGGCUAUUUUGUGAUGAUCCCGUCUGCUCGGCCCAUGUUCCAGUAGGAUCGUGUCUCUUGGAGAUUAUGGGAUGUGUGUGAACCCGUAUGGGUUUUUCAUUCAGGGCACUAGUGUCUCCUCUAUAUGUAUUGAUUUCUGCUUUGGUUGGGGUAUUGUCCUGCGUGGGUCUUUAGAAGAGAGGGGGUAGGGAAAGUCGGGGUUAGGGUGGGGAGGGGGGUGUCUGUAGUCAUUGUCUUCCGUCAUCUGUCGUCCAGUGGGUGUUCUAAGUCCUAACUGUCCGUGGUUUGGCGUACGUCUGUUCCGAGUUCCAUUUGGAAUCCUUCCUUCGCUGUCUCUAGGAUCCAAUAUGUCCAAAUGUCCAUGUAGGACUUUGGGGUCACGUUAGUCGUCAUGGUCAGUUCCUCUGUUAUUCUGAGUUCCUCCAUUUGGCUGAACCAGGUCUUUAGUGGAGGUGUUAUGUUCUGUUUCCAGAAUUGGGGGAUUACUCGUUUGGCUAUAUUAAGUAUUCGGAUGGUCAUGGAUCGUUUGUACUUAGAGUGUGGUGUAGGAGUGUGGUGUAGGAGCAUUGCUGCUGGUUCCAGGGGGGGUGGUUCGUCUGUAAAUUUCUCGAGCAUUCUGUGUAUGUUUUGCCAAUAUGGUUUAAUUUUUGUGCAGUCCCACCAGAUGUGUUUCAUGUCUCCCUUUUCUUGUUGGCAUCUCCAGCAUAGGCCAGGUUGAUCUGGGUCUAUCUGAUGUAGGAGGUGUGGUGUCCUGUACCAAUGAUUUGUAGGCUGUCUCUUGUGUUUUACUGUGUGUGGAGCAGUGGUGUGUGAGGUAGCAAAUGGAUUCCCAUUCUGUGUCUGUCAAUGUGUGUCCUAGGGCUUUCUCCCAUUUCCCCAUAAAUACAGGUGUCUCGGUUGGGAUGUCUGUUUGUAACAUGGUGUAUAGGAAGGACACUCCGUGUGGGAGCGGGUCUGGGUGCAUGCAGACCACCUCUAAUGUGGUGUGUUCUCUAGUGAGUGCUAAGCCCUGUGGUAGGGUGCGAAUGUAGUUGGUUAGUUGGUAGUAUCGAAAGUUGUGCAUGAAGGUCGGGGGUACUUCUCCCAUCAUGUCCGGAAGCUUUUUACAUUUCCCUUCCUGUAUGACGUGAUGUAAGCAUGGGUGUGUGUCUCUGAGGGCUCUGAGGGCUCUCGGGUCUAGUCCCGGGGGAAAGUCUUUGUUAAACGUCAAUGGAAGGAGGGGAGAGGGGUAUGGCGAUAUGUUCCCCUUCAUCGCUGCCCUCCUCCAUAUUUUCAGGGUGUGUUUGGUGUAGAUGGACAUUUCGUCCCAGUUCGUCGCGUUUCGGUCCCAGGGCAGUCCCGAGAUUGGUCUACCCGCCUCCGUCUCCUCCACCGUCUUCCACAGUUUAUGUACCCUGUCUUUUGUCCACUCUACAACUCUCUGUAGGUGUGUGGCCACAUAGUAUAGGUGGAAGUCUGGGAGGGCUAAGCCUCCUUUAUCUUUAGGCUGUGUCAGGGUGGUGAAUUUCACCCUGGGUUUCCCCCCAUUCCAUACGUAUCUGAUCAUUUCUGUUCUGAGAGUUUUAAAAAAGGGGCUCGGGAUCGGAAUGUUUUUUGUCAUCUUACUUUCAAUUUUUUUUUUCAGAAUCCUCUGUGGUUUUCUUAACUACAAGAACCAAUUGUUUGUUUUACCAUUAGAAGAUAUUCUAUUUACCACAAUUUCCUCUUUUUUUUUUUCUUUUUUUUUUUCUGUGUCCUUGUAGUUUUGUCCCUGUAAUGUAAAACAUUGCAUUCUGCAGAACUUUAUUGUUUACAUUGCAAGGUGUAUUUUUCUCUAGUAGAUAUCACUCACCAUUUGAUAGUUUUGGACCUCAUUGAUAUACUUUUAUUUUAACAUUUUGAAUAUUUGUAGUUUAUGCAAACAUGAUGAAAACUGUUUUGCUGUUUACUCCACUAAAAGUCUGCUCUCUUAGCCGUACCCUCCAAUUCUAUUACAUAUAUUAUAUAAUUCUAUUAUAUAGCCUUCCUUAGCCCCAUAUGUACACUAGUUAGUUAGUUGAGCUGCAGGAGGACUAGCAGCCAGAUUAUCACCACAUCUGUCUGUCCUGUACGUGCUCUGUCUAGUAGAGCUAUGCAGUGAGGGAUUUAAACUCGUAAAAUAAAUGUCAGUUUGUGUACUGAUCUAGGGCAUCACCCUACUGAUUGUUCUAAUCUCCAUUAGCUACUUCCAUGUAUAGAACAAUUGAUUAUUUCUUUACAGCAGCCCGAAGCAGGAGAGUGCAUAUAAAUUCUCAGCCAGACACCCCCCGCCAAUUUCACGCUGCUCGCCACGUUGGCAUGAUACUGCUUGAUCAACCUUGAGACCGGUAAAAUGAUCUAUUAUCAUAUCAGUACUGCUGCUUGCUGAGCAUCCUCGGUUGCUGAGAUCGACUGGUGGCUGAGGGGGGCAUUUAAAUCCACUCUCCUCCUUCAGGCUAUUGAAAAGAACAAUCUCUCUAUUCAUUGUACAAGCUAACAGAAGGGGAAUACAGUCGUUAGGGUGAUGCACUAUGAUAUCUGAUCAGUAUAGAUCGCAAACUGAGUUACGAAAUGCUAUAAAUAUUGUACCAUGUUAGACGAAAAUGGGGGGUUUUAAGUUACUGCGCCUAAUGAAUGAAUGAAUAAUUUAUGCAGGAUAUGUCCUCUAUACCAUUCCACUGAAUUGUCUUUCUUGGUAACAUUAUCCACUCUCUGACUCUAUAGAAUAAUAGCUCUUUGCUUUUUAAAGGGAAAGGGUCACCUUAAAUGAUUUGUAUAUUAUUAUAGAUUAGUGAUAUAGGUUGAAAAACAAGAUUUGCUUCUAAAAAGUUCAACCAUUUCACUUGUCCCUGUUUCUGGUUGAUCUGAAAGAAGUAGAAAAAGAAAAAAACAACCUCGUGCCCUUGUAGCCAAACGAGAAGUUCCUUCACUAUGUCAAAGUAACUAUUUGAUUUUUUCAUAAUUGAGAGGGCUAUAAAUAAAGUCCAUUGUAUCUAUGUUUAGCCCUGUACAUUUUUGAGUUUCCAAAAAGCAUCCAGACCUCAUUUUGAAGAUUCUAUUGAAUUUGAGAUGACAAAUAGGCACAGACCAUUUCAUAUCUUUAUUGUUUUUCUCUGAAGAGCCUUUUUAAUGCACUAGGUGAAAUCUUUUUAGCGGUCAGUGGCUGACCUCUUGGCCUUUGUAUAUUUCUCUUAAUGACUAGGUCACCAUAUGCAAUGCCUUCUUUGAUCUGUUAUUUCUAAGUUAAAAUACAAUGAAUGAAUGUUUGCCUUUCCCGUGAAAAGACAAUCAGGGUUAUUUACUAAAUGGAGAAUUCAAAGUGAAUUUCAAAUGUAAUGCCAGAUUGGCUGAACUGACUUUUGUACUAAUUUGGCUAUUUUAACCUUUAAUUUGAAAUUCCUUAAUGUGCUUGGUUUACAGAAAGAUAAUUUGAGAUCCACAUCCCUAUGCUCCUGGAAUUUAAAAUGAAACCAUUUUAAACUGUGUGGCCUUUUUACACACCUGGUACUGACACAUGAUCCAUUGUUAUAGCAAAUAUAAAUGAGUUCUAAGGAUAGAACCUUUUAUUGUAUGGAAUGUAAAGUCUCAUCUAUCUGUAUGGAAGUAAAAGGGACACUGAUACUUUCCAUGAUUUUUAAAAUCCGGUUUACGUAUCCCCUAUAUUUAACACAUUUGUGUUAUGUGAGAUCUGAAAAAUUAAAAAUAAAGGGACACUCCAGACUUUAGCUUGCUGAAAUGCUUUAUGUGUGAAGAAUAUGUCCUCUCUUUUUUCAUUUUGGAAAUGGUGUAGAUGUCAAUAGAAAUUGACACUUUUUAUAAAUUAAAAUGGUGACACCGUCUUGGCUUUCCAUCACACAUCAGGUUCUGUUACUUCCUGGUUUAGUUGGCUCAAUAAAGGUAGCAAUUUUCCAAAGCACCUGCCUUGCAAAGACUUCUCAUUGAGCUGCACUGGGAAGUCUGUGAUUGGACAGCCACCGAAAGUCUGGGCGGGGUUAGGAGAGGGAUUUUAAAGGCAGCAGACGAGAUCUAAAGCUUUUGCAAACUAUUUUUAGAUAUAUCUCCAAUGAAAGGAAAUGCAUAAUUAAAUGCAUGUAAGUGUUAAUUUAGGAUAUAUUUACUUAUUUUGUAUCUGGGCAGUUGAGAUUCCCUUUAAAAUAAAUAAAAAGAAACAAUGUAACUAAUACAUAGAAAUCGACAACACUCUGUCCUGCAACUGAGUUGCGCCAUCUUGUCUCCCUGUCAAUCAUUGUUUUAAUGUCUAUUUUCUGUCAUUGUAUGUGGGAGUGGAGAAAAAUAAACUAUUCUCACAUUCAUCUUCAGUGAGUGCCCCUUGCUGUGUCUGGACUGAACUGGAUUAUGUCAUUUGCUAAAUCUUUAGUCUAUAUUUAAGAGAAAAUAGAGCAUCUUAAAAAAAAAAAAAAAAGUAAUAAAAAAAAUGUUAAGCUAUAGGUGAUUUCCCAAAUUUUAUUGAAAGGUUUAAUUUAGAGAGAUGUGUAAGUUCCCUUUAAACUACAAACAUUUGUGUGUUUUUUAUUUAUUUGUUUUGUAGUAUACCCUAGAACAGGGAUAGACAAACAUCAGCACUCCAAAUGUUGUGGACUACUUCUUCCCUGAUGCUUUGCCAGCAUUAUGGGGGAUGUAGUCCACACCAUCUGGAGUGCCGAAGGUUGCCUAGAAACACUGAUAGUAAGUUACUUUGGUGUGACUAAAGGAAUGAUAGAUCAAUGGGUUUAACGCAAAGCAACCUCACAGUAUUCAGAAGAGCUAUAUUGGUGAAAAGCAACAAACAAAAAUUAAAUAAACUGCAUCAAUGGAUUGAUCCACAAUUAUGUUAGGCUUCUAAAUGUGAAGACGUGGCCACAACCUUUAAAGGAACACUAUAAGGUCAGGAACACAAACCUGUAUUCCUGACCCUAUAGUGUUUAGUGUUGAAUCAAUGCAUCUCUAUGAGGAAAAUUCAGCAUCUCCAUGCAAAGCGUGGGGACACUGAACAUCAGGGCUGCUUUUUUGGCAGCCCUGAGCCAGGAAGCACCUCCAGUGGCCAUCUGAGGAGUGACCACUUGAAGGUGUCCCUAGGGGCUUUUUCUCUGAAAAGGCAGUGUUUGCAUGAAAAAAACCUGAAGGAAGCUAUUAUACUCUCCAGAACAAUUACAUUAAGCUGUAGUUGCUCUGGUGACUGUAGUGUCUCUUUAAAUCAUUGAAAUAAAGCAGAAUACCUGCAAUUUCUAGUGUAAAACCCCCAUAAAACAGUUUGUUCAAGAUUGUAGUAUUCUUGUGUGAAUAACAUUGCAGAUAUCCUGUUUUGGGAUUUUUUUUCUUUCGACUCAGUCCCUCCUUUAAAUUUAAAGAGGGAAUGAAUAUGAAUACACAUGUACAUGUAAUGGCGAAGGAGAGACAAACACUGGAGAUUGCCACAUUUCUACAAUUAGUUCAGUCUGACUACUUACAAAUAAAAUGUAAGAGCUAUAGUGAGCAAAUUUACACUACACAAGACCUUUCAUUUAAACCCCCACCAAGAUUUGGAAUGCAUUCUGCUAAUGAUUAGCCACUUGCUCUCUGUUUUCUAAAUGUAUAAUCUUUUUUUAUUUCCUUUUUUCCUAAACUGUAACAUCAGUGAUAUCUCAAUUUAUUUUUUGAUAAAAAAAGAUUCUAAAAUGUAUGUAUUUUAUUUAUUUAGUUUUUAAUAAAAUACAAGAUAAUAUGCAAUUCUAAAAUAUAGAGUUUACUACAAGGGAACUAUAGGAGGAAAAUUACUCUUUGUUAGUGCGAUAUACAUAAAAAAAAAAAACAACACUUUUUAAAAACCGUUUAAACAAAAAAAUAUAUUCAAACGUUUAAUAUUCAUUUUAAAUGCACUGUUUAGUAGGUCCUGAUGCCGAUAAACACGGACCUCUUCUUAACUAGGAGGUAAUUCUCCAAUCAGGUGUGUCUGAUUCUGGUCUAUAGGGUCUAUUUUUAUCCCAGAAACAGUGGAACCGCUCCGUAAACCGAUAGCAGCUAUUCUGUGACUGUUAUCAGAUGAUGCUUAGCUCAGUUCACAGUUCAUUCUGGUAACUUGAGAGACAGAUCAGAGUCUUAAAUCUGCAGUGAUUUUUACAAAUUGACGCAGUUCUAAAAAAUGUCAAAGUUCAGUAAAUGCAAGAUACCGGUGGUGCUAAAACUGACCGUUUUAAUAAAUAAUCUGUCCUCGGUGUAUUAUUUAUAUAUUUUUUGCUACCAAUAUCUUUAGAUUCACAAAUAAUACAUCAUUUGAUUUUGUGAUCUAGUACAUCUAGAGAUUUCUAAUCAGCAAAUUACAUUUCUUCAACAAUUGUAUUUACGAUUAUUUGUUUCUCUUUUAAGAUUAUGGUAAAGUGGUCACAGAAUAGAUGUUGAGGACUGCGUAAGCCCUUUUCAGUGUUUAUUUAACAUGGCUCUUAGAAUUCUCCAGGCAGGAUGUUAUGUCAAUUGAGCUAAAGCUGUUACAACAUGCUAGGACUAGAAAAUAGAUGGUCUAAGACCAGAUUUCAAAAGGUGAGGCCAAUUGUGUUCAGUAAACAUUGUAACAUAAUAGUUUGUUAUAAUGCGACACAUCUGAGUCAGACGUCCAACUGACCAUUGUAUUGUGUUGUGUUAAAGGAUUCUGAUAAGAUGCAAUGGAUUUAACACAUGAAAAUUCCGCAGUUAUUGUUAUCUACAUGGAAUAUCUGAUUUCCUCUCUUUUAAAUGCACCGUUCUCUGCUCCCCACUCUACAAUUCCAAUCACAAUUAUUUAUAUUAACAUAUUCCACAGCACUGUACAGUAGGUAAACUAUACAAACACAAAAAUCUAACAAACAUGAUUGGCAUACUGGAACAAGAGGUGAAGAGUGUCCUGCCCAAACAAGCUUACUCUAAGCUAAACCCAAAGCUUCUAAAGAUAAAUAAUGCCACCUAUAUGAACUAAAAUAUGAAUUUAGUAAAAAGGAACUGCCUAGGCACCAUAACUACUACAUACUUUUAUUGGAUAUAGAAAUAAUAGUGGGGGAAGGGGAAGGGGUGAUCCAGAGCCACUGUAGAAUCCCCUCAAACUCUGCUGUUUAAAAAAAAUAAAUAAAUAAAUUCAGGCACCUUUCACAUUAUGGAAGAUCCUACAAUGGGGUCUAAUUUCAGAGACUACAAUAGAACGCACACUUACUGGGGUGGGUUAAACACAUAAGAGCAUUUAUUAACAUAGGACCUUUUAAAAAUAAAGUACUUUUGGUGCAGUGGUGGGCUUUGCAAUGUAUGGCCAAAUUUAAUUUCAAAAAGCAGACGGGUACCAUAGCCACGACGUAGCACUGUAGUAGGUAUGAUGCCAUUAGGCUACAAAACCAUCUCCUGGUUCUUGCUCUCAACGGUUUGACCAAAACUGGGGGUCUCUGAGGCACCCAUACCUUGGCCCCUAGAGGUCAUCAGCCUUUCAGGGGGCUCACAGAGUGUGCAGCAGCUUCAGCAAGGAGACCGUUCCAACAAUGCAUUACAGGUAAGUAUAUUAUUAUUAUUAUUAUUAUUAUUAUUAUUAUUAUUAUUUAUAUUGCGCCAUCAGCUUCCGUAGCGCUGUACAGUGGGAUUUGCUUCAUUUUAUUUUUUACAUAUUGUUUUGUGCUCAGUAAUCUCAAUAGAGCUGUAAACAUGCUAACGUUAAAAAUAAAUAUAUUUAAUUAUAAUGUUGGAGCAUUACUUUAUGCACUUUUUUUUAUUUCAUUCUUCUCCCUUAGGCAUUCCAUUAAAUGGUCUUCACAGUGAGAGAAUAUUAAAUUAAACAACGAAGUCUUAGAAAGCUGGCUUGUUAAGAGGCCGCUUAUAAUUUUCCAGUGCAAGCAUGUCAAACUCAAAGGCUAGCACAUGCCAGAUAAACAAGGUUUAAUUUUAUGUGUGCCUCAAAAAAACCUCAAAACUUAAAUUUUCAUAGAAGCGUAGGUUUAUUUUGAAAAGUACAGUAUAAAAAACAAACACAUCCCUCUAUACUAAAUCCCCUUCCCCCCGCCCCGCCACCCACCAAUAUAUACUAAUUCCGAGUCCCUCCUCUAUACUAAAUCCCAUUCCCCCCUCCUUCCCUUGCCCUGCCACCCACCAAUAUAUACUAAUUCCGAGUCCCUCCUCUAUACUAAAUCCCAUUCCUUCCUCCUUGCCCCGCCACCCACCAAUAUAUACUAAUUCCGAGUCCCUCCUCUAUACUAAAUCCCAUUCCCCCCUCCUUCCCUUGCCCUGCCACCCACCAAUAUAUACUAAUUCCGAGUCCCUCCUCUAUACUAAAUCCCAUUCCUUCCUCCUUGCCCCGCCACCCACCAAUAUAUACUAAUUCCGAGUCCCUCCUCUAUACUAAAUCCCAUUCCCCCCUCCUUCCCUUGCCCUGCCACCCACCAAUAUAUACUAAUUCCGAGUCCCUCCUCUAUACUAAAUCCCAUUCCUUCCUCCUUGCCCCGCCACCCACCAAUAUAUACUAAUUCCGAGUCCCUCCUCUAUACUAAAUCCCAUUCCCCCCUCCUUCCCUUGCCCUGCCACCCACCAAUAUAUACUAAUUCCGAGUCCCUCCUCUAUACUAAAUCCCAUUCCUUCCUCCUUGCCCCGCCACCCACCAAUAUAUACUAAUUCCGAGUCCCUCCUCUAUACUAAAUCCCAUUCCCCCCUCCUUCCCUUGCCCUGCCACCCACCAAUAUAUACUAAUUCCGAGUCCCUCCUCUAUACUAAAUCCCAUUCCUUCCUCCUUGCCCCGCCACCCACCAAUAUAUACUAAUUCCGAGUCCCUCCUCUAUACUAAAUCCCAUUCCCCCCUCCUUCCCUUGCCCUGCCACCCACCAAUAUAUAUACUAAUUCCGAGUCCCUCCUCUAUACUAAAUCCCAUUUCCCCCGGCCAUUGUUUAAAAGAACAAAACAAAAAAAACAAUAUUAGCCAACAAGCAGACUCCACUCACAUUGCCGCUGCCAGUAUGCAAGUCCGUAGUCCAGCCUCUGGUAUACCCCCAAUGGUGCCGUCCGCCCUUUGUGCCAAAGCGGAUCCUCCUGCUAUUCCUUGAAACCCUGUAAUGGUGGAGCAAGUGGAUGUCACGUCGGAAUGUGACGUGGGCUUGCGAGACACACACACUCUCUGACCGGCGCACACACACACUUACGCAUUCUUGCACACACUCACAUAAUUUUAUUUAUUGUUCCCUACCUUUUGGGAGCUGGUGUGGGGCCUCUCCCUGGGGUCCAGUGGGGAUCUUCUCUCAGGAGGUCUCCUACCUUUUCCUCACAGGCGCAGUUCAGUGGUGCCAGAAUGACGUCAUAUUCCAGCACCACUACAGACUGUGCACGAGGGAGCAGGGAGACUGAUCUCCAUCACUGCAGCCAGCGACCUGGCUGGUUAAAUUUUAGCAGAAUAGGCACCUACAACGUGGGGAGAGCAGGUGCCUACUCUGCCUUAUUAAACAUGUCAAACUAGCGGCUCGCCGGGCCACAAAGAUAUUCAUUGUGGACAGCAUGCUGCCCACGAGCUGCAAGUUUCACAUGUUUGCCCUAGUGGAACUUUAAUGUACAUUUUAACAAAGAUUCCACGUAUCUAAGUACCUUUCACUAGUAGAAAGCUUAGCAGCUCCAUUAGUAGUUACCUUUUUCUGAUCCUGUCAUAAUCACACUAAGCUCGCUAUGUGACACUGUGUCAAAUCAUGUCAAACCUCAGGCACCCUCAAUUCAAGCAUUUGGAACAAAGUAUUUACCUAAUCAUGGUCCCGAAGGAGUUGAGAACGUAAUAGAAAUACUUUUUGUGCACUUAAAAAAAAAAAAAAAAAAAAAAAGUUUCUGCACUUGUCGGUCGAUAUUCAUUGUAGUGAAUUUUGUUUUGUGUUACAUAUUUUUCAACUUUCAUGUAACCUCCUGUCUCUUUCCAAUGCUCUCCUUUCUCUUUAUUUAUACCUCAUCCUGGCUCGCUUCUGAUAUUCAAUUUUUUUUCUGUUUUUACUUGCUGUGGUUUUUUUUCAUUCCUCUAACUGUUUACAUUGUUAAAGGGGCCAAACACCACAACAAUGUAUGCUGCUUGCCUAGGUUAUGAUACAAGAAGGUCCCUUGUAUUAAAGAGAUUCUCCAGUGCCAGGAAAACAGAUCCGUUUUCCUGGCACUAGAGAAUCCUAGUGUGCCCCCAUCCCACAUCACUGAAGGGGUUAAAAGCCCUUUAGAGACUUACCUGAAUCCAGCGCCCAUGUCCUUUGGCGCUGGGUCAGGCUCCACCCACAUUCCUAACCCGCUGACGUCCUCCCGCGGGGGAGACUGCAUGCGAAUGCAUAGCAUAAGAACAUCCAGUGUCGUUUAGACAACUAAAAGUUGCCUAAGAAGCUGAAAGUCCCUCUAGUGGCUGUCUGGCAGACAGCCACUUGAGGAAGACUUAACCCUGCAAGGUAAUUAUUGCAGUUUAUAAAAACUAAAAUAAUUACACUUGCAGGGUUAAGGGUGAUGGGAGUUGGCACCCAGACCGCUUCAAUGGGCUGAAGUGGUCUGGGUGCCUACAGUGUCCCUUUAAUAACUACUUUUGUAAAAGUGGACAGUGAUUUCCAAAAUUUGCCACAGUUAAAAGCCCACACCCUGCCUCAGGAGCAUAACAGGAAGUAUUGCUUGCCACCUGCCUGUACAAGUACUUGUAUGACAUUUGCAUAUUGGACAGGCACACACAAACAAGUCCCACCUCUCUGAGAAGAGAUGAAGGAACCAGUACUACAGCCAUUCCUAUAUAUAUUGAUUCUUCAAACUGCUAUCAGAUAAAUUAUACUCCUACCGAUCUACAUAUCUCAAAAAAACCUUGUUAAGGGAAGCUUUAAGCACCAAAACAACUGCAACUUAAUGAAACCGUUUUGGUGUAUAGAUCAUGCCCCUGCAGUCUUAAUGCUCAAAUAUCUGCCAUUUAGAAGUUAUAGUACUUUGUUUAUGCAGCCCUAACCACACCUACCCUGUAUGUGACCUUCUCCCUACACAUUCCUGUAAAGAGAGAUCUAAUGUUUACGCAUCCUUUAUUGCACAGUCUGUUUAAUUUAGAAUUUAUCAUCUCAUGCGCUGUUAACAGCAGGAUCCUGCUGUGUGUAAUUAAAGCUCAAUAAACAGUACUGGAGAUGAAAAACUUCUAAAGGAAACACACUGUAUGGAUUGAAAAUAAAACCACGUUUUCAUGCAGGCUGGGAGUGGGGGGGGGGGUAUGGCUUGGGCAGCAUAAAAAGUAACAACAAUAAUUGAACUAAAUGGCAGAUAAUUGAGCAGUGAGACUACAGGGGCAUGAUUUAUACAUCAAAAUAGCUUUAUUUUUAUCUAUACAUGUUCUCACAAGAACAAAAGCCUGCAGAGACAGGCUAUAGACACCAGAACCACUACAUUAAACUGUAGUGGUUCUGGUCACUAUAACAUCCCUUUAAGUAACACAUUUUUAUUAUUACGGAUUGUAGUAACCCUUUAAGGCCAGAGAAGCUCAACUAAGAGAAUAGACUAAAAUUCAUGAAAAUGGUUUAUUUCUUUUUGAUUAGUGAUUCAAACACUCUGUCAGGCACCGUUCAGGCUCUGAACCUCGGAGAAGCCGCCAACCCUGAAUAGAGAAGGUGACAAUUUUACAAGCGCAGAAAGCCUUUGAAUGUGAUCAACAGGUGGGAGAUCUGCCAGUGUCGUUUGUUAAAUACAUGUAGUACUGUCAAAAGCAGGAUGCCGCGGGGAUCAUGUCGAAAGCUUUACUGCUGAUGUAACCGUGUAGAACACCCUAGUACAGGCAUAGGCAACUUUCGGCACUGCAGAUGUUUUGGACUACACCUCCCAUGAUGCCUUGCCAGCAUUAUGGGUGUAAGAGCAUUAUGGGGGAUGUAGUCCACAACAUCUGUAGUGCUGAAGGUUGCCUAUCCUUGCCCUAGUAUAUGGACACUGAUGGACAAUGACAAGAACAUCUGCAUAAAUUAUGCUAAUGUCUGAACGUACAGUUAUUUACUCAAUAAAAUAUACAUUUAGUCGCUUGUGUGUUCUGUAUAUAAACAAUACUUGUAUUAAUCUCAAUGAAUCUUUUGCCUGGAAUAACCUCCAGUCUGCAGAUAUAACAUGCUGUGACAGAAGCUUACAGUAUUUUGUGUUCCCAUUAAUUGAACUGCUUGGGGGGAUAUCUCAGCCCGAUUCCUUUAUUUUUUUUAUUUUAUUUUUUUGAUCCUUUAGUAGAUUGUUCAUGCAAAAAAGAAUUGGAUACUUAUCUUAGAAUUUACUUUUUUUUCUUUCUUUUAUUUACUAUCCUUUCAUUGUCUCAGUAGAGGCUCAGAGUGCAGCUCAGAGCUACGUCAAUGAAAAGAAAGUUAUAGAAAUGAUUAUCACAAUAUCAAAUACAAGUAGAACCUUGGGGGAUUUGAUAAAACCUGAAAUAACUGGAGGGGACAUGUGAUAAUGACUCCCUUUCAAGGGACGUUAGACAAGGAGUGCAUGGGGAGAGAAACAGUGUUUGGAGACACCUGGAGCCCCCUCCUCCACGACUUUGUUUCCCAGAGUUCCUAGAAAAAAAGUAAUAAACUCAUACACACUGUACAUUAUAUAUACAAUCUCACAUAGCAAUGUGGGACGUCUGAGUGAAUCUCAGAGCUUGAUACAUUAACCUCGGUGGUGUGAGGUGUGUAUGAAUGUAUCAUCUAGAUCCAUGAAAACAACUCUCGUAGAGUAUCUUUGGUCAAAUCCUUGGUCUCCCUUCCUUCACGGCCCUUAACAUCUUAAAGGACCACUAAAGUGCCAGGAAAACAUACUCGUUUUCCUGGCACUAUAGUGCCCUGAGGGUGCCCCCACCCUCAGGGACCCCCUCCCGCCCGGCUCUGGAAGAGGGAAAGGGGUAAUAACUUACCUUUUUCCAGCGCUGGGCGGAGAGCUCUCCUCCUACUCUCCGCCUCCGUUACGCCCCGCCGGCUGAAUGCGCACGCGCGGCAAGAGCUGCGCGCGCAUUCAGCCGGUCUCAUAGGAAAGCAUUUACAAUGCUUUCCUAUGGACGCUGGCGUGCUCUCACUGUGAUUUUCACAGUGAGAAGCACGCAAGCGCCUCUAGUGGCUGUCAAUGAGACAGCCACUAGAGGAUUAGGGGGAAGGCUUAACCCAUUCAUAAUUAUAGCAGUUUCUCUGAAACUGCUAUAAUUAUGAAAAAAUGGGUUAACCCUAGAAGGACCUGGCACCCAGACCGCUUCAUUAAGCUGAAGUGGUCUGGGUGCCUAGAGUGGUCCUUUAAGGAUCUGGCACCUGCUGUGAAUAAAGUGGCUUUCAGGAUAAGAUUGAGAUCCUGAAUAAGGUUCAAUAAAUCUUGAAAAUUUAUAAAAUGACCGUUUCUUUAUUGGAUCCCGUUCCCGAUUUUACAAGAUCUGCAAGCCCUGAUUUGGGGUGAAUCUAUAGAAGAGAGUCUCUCAUUGUCUCAUGUUCUCCUAGGACUUUCUCUUCCUUUUUUCUCUCUAGUUCUCUUCACUCCUUCUUUUCUCUGUUCCUCUUGUCUUUUCUUCCCACUGCCUCGCCUUCAUUUCCCCCGAACCUGGUUAUCUAUUAUGAAAGUUGAAUUGAUUCUUGCUCAAUGUGAGCCCCUCUCGGGCUGUAUUUUCUUUCUUUUGGUACUUAGUCUCAUAGGUUCUUUGCUAUAAUUUUUAUGUUUGUUGUAUGGCUUGUAAUAAAACUUCACUUGCCCCCCGCACCCUGUAAAGGUCCCAUGUGCAAGUGCACUGCAGACAUCAAUAUAUUUUUGAAUAUCUGUGAAUUGGGGUCAGCUGCCUCCCUGUGCUACUGAGCUAGAUUGAACUAGAUUUUUAAAACACCACAUCUAUGUUAAUUUGUGACCUGCGUGCUUUAUAUCAGAUAACAUUUAUAUUUAUUGACGUAUCUGAGGCAUUCGGGAAUUGUUGACAUUAUAUUUCAGGCUAAUCUUAUUGCCUGUUAAAGGUGAGGCUUUCACAUACAACUUGUUUCUAGAUGGUGAUAGCAGUAACCAAAAUAAUGAUCGGUAUGGUGUUAAAUCAUUUUUGAGGUGAUUUUUUUUUUCCUGUAUAUUUAAGUAUUAAAUUAAAAAAACAAAAAACCUAAGUCAAAGAAAAUAUAUUAAAGGGAACCUGUAGCCACUUACCCUGUCCUACUCUCCAUGACACUCCGCUCCAUGACACCAGCUAGGCAGUUUCCAUAGCAACCUCAGUGCAUAUGCUGUGGUUGCUAUGGGUGGAGAACAGAAAUACUUCCUGUGGGAGGUCUCUCUUGCUCUCCUUCUCAAUCAUUUCCUCAGCAGUGGGUGUGUGCAGAGGAAUUGAGAGAAAAAUGUUUUUAUUUUUAUUUUUAUUUUUUUAAAAGACCUUAAGUUGUUUUGGGCACAUUUUAAGUGCCGCACAGAAUUUCUCAGGAUUAUUCACAGCAGCCCAAUUUUUAGGAUUUUUUAUAAACCAGAAUAGUCUAAUUGGAAACAUUUCCAAGUCCGCUACAGCAUCCAGACAGCCUGUAUGGUGAGGGAGAUCCUUGGGGGGUUAAGGCAUAAUCCAGGGGGGAAUUGCCCCCUUGUUUGCUCCUUGGUGUGCAUGCACAAAUUCAACCCCCUCUGACAGUCCCUUUCAAAGGGAGCCUGAUCUAGCAUUGAAACGCUUGAUUCAGUGUUUAAAAGCUUUGUAUAGGAGAGCCUGAUUGGGCGAAUCAUUUUUUUUUUUCUGUAGUAAAGUUUUGAGAUGCCCAAAUUUCGGCCAUAUGUGCGUUCGGCUCAGCAUAAUUUCUGUAACGGAAAAUCAAUUCUGAAAACUAAUCGGAUGAACGGAAAGAGUCCAAUCAGUAAUAUAAUAUGUAUAUAUUUUGUAACACACUAAUAGGAGCAUUUUCCCACUAUUUGGUUCACUUUCUCUCAACUCUCCUUUCUCUCUCUCUCUCUCUCUCUCUCUCUCUCUCUCUCUCUCUCUCUCUCUCUCUCCUUUCUCUCUCUCUCUCUCUCUCUCUCUCUCUAUAUAUAUAUAUAUAUAUAUAUAUAUAUAUAUAUAUAUAUAUAUAUAUAUAUAUAUUUAUCAAAUAUGUGAAUAUUACAUUUAUAAUUGCCUUUUUACUACUCCUCCUUUUCUCCCUCUAUUGGUCACUUCUCAACUUUUCUGUGAAAACAUUUAGUUAAUGUCCACUAGUCAUCAGUCAUCUCUUUUUGGCGACACAGAUGGUAUUUGGUAGAACACAUCAAAAUGACAUGCUCGGCAAAUGUGCGUUUCGGGCAAUUUGAAGUUUGUAACAAAAUUAAUAAAGUCUAAAAAUUAUUAUUAUUCUUUUUUUUUUUGUGUGCAUGUCUCUAUCAGUACACAUGUGUGCGCCAACAGUCAAAUUUUAAGGGACUUCACAAUUUUAUUCCAAUGGGUUAUUGACAGAACCUGAGUCUAACCGCAGACCGCUACUGUAGCAUUACAGAACGCCACUGCUAAUCCAAUGACAUUUAGUGUUGAGUUACAUUUUAGUAAACUAGUACGCUUGAGAAGCUAUUAAUAAAUGUGGGAGCUUAUGCUCACUUCAUUAACGGAACACUAUCAUCAUGUUUAUUAAUGAUUGAGAGUAAAGGAUUAGUUAUGACAUAGUUUAUUAUUUCACUCGCGCCACCCCCUUGCGUAACGUACACGCAGGCACUCCGCCUACGUCAUCCCCCCCUCUGAUGAUAUUAUUUUGUAAUUAUGCCUAUAAGUAAAACUACACCUCCAUGCUUACCCUUCCACCACGGAAGCCGCCAUCUUUAAAGGGACCCUCCAAGCAUCACGACAUGCAGCUUUGCAGAAUUGUAAAGCUGAUUAUGUAGAAAGUCAGCCUUGAUAGUGUCACAGAACUGCAGAUAAUAGUAAAAAUGAAUGGGUAACUCCAAGCACCAUCACUACUUAAUUGAUUUGAAGUGGUUAUUGUGUCUGAAAUUUGUAUAUGCAUGGUAACCCCCUAGCUGCUGGGAAUAUAACUUCACCUCUAGCAGGGCUAUUAGCCAGCCCAGAACAAAGUUAUAUAAGUUCUGUUCUUUGCACCUGGCAGUCGCAAAGAGAAAACAGACAGACAAGAGGAGACAUUAAAACAUGUGUCUAUUACCAGCUCUAGACUUUGAGGCCUUAGGCAAAACUCAAACAUGAGGCCCCACUAACAUCAAAAUGAAGAAAAUAGAGUUGCAAUACAUGCACACAUAUACACAUUGAUGCACUGUCUACCUGUGUAUGUGCCCGAGAGUGUGUGUCUGACAGAGAGUAUCCUUGUAUGUGUGAAUGUAUGUCCCUGUGAGCAUGUUUGCGUUUUUGUCUGGGGCCGUAUGUGUAUGGCGUAGCUGCUUGAAGUGUGUUGUGUGUAUGGGGGUCUGCCUGUGGCCGUUGUGCAUAGUGUUAAUGGCAAAGCUAUGUUUCCUGACUGUGUUUAUGAUGAAUGUCUUCAGCUGGUGACUGUGACAAGGUGAGUAAAGGGGUACCAGUGGAGUGUGUGACAGGGCAAAGGGGGUAAAUGGACAGGGUGAGGGACCUGAUGAGGGAGUGUGACAGGGCGAGUGGAGGUAAGUGUGUCACCGCAAUUGUGGCAUGGUAGGAGGGAUGAGUGUGACAUGAUAAAGGGGAGUUAAUGUGACAGGGUGAGUGUUGUGUUUGGAGGGGAUGAGAUUAACAGGAUUAGGAGUGGAUAAUGUGAGUGUGAAUGCAUGAAGAGGCUGACAGUGUGGGGGUGGGUGACAGUGUAGGGAGGGGUGACUGUGAGGGGAUGCUAACAGUGUGUCUGGGGAGGCUGACUGUGUGGGAGUAUGUUGACACAACAUUGUUGUGGGUGACAGUGUGUGGGGUGGAUACUGUUUCUGUGAGGGGAGUGAUGGUGAGAGGGGGUGAUGGGGAGAUGGAGAGGGGGACUAAAUACUUCUUAAAAAUAUUUUUCCUGGUCCAGUGUGGAUUUUCUGGUAAUGCAGUGGGCUCCCUGGUGGUUGGUUGGUGGUAUCUGGUCUACAGCUCUGCACACCAUGUGUCUCGCGAGACCCAUCAGAGCGUUGCCAUGGUAACCCGCAGCAUCACUCUGAUUGGCCAGUUCUCGUGAGACACGUGGACACACUGCGGAGCUGCAGACCGGUGUCUGCGAUGGGAGCUCUCUGUCCGGGCCUCGCACCCGGCGGCAUACUGAGCAAGCCGCCGGGCCCUCUUCUGGUGUCGGGUCCUCGGCCACAGUCUGCUUUUAGGCGGCCACGAGGCCCCAGCCAGCGUGAGGCCUUAGGCGGCUGCCUAAACCACCUAAUUAGAGAGCCUCCUCUGUCUAUUACUCCUCUUCAUUAAUAAUGUUUCCACUGGCUUUGCCUUGUCUGAACUGGAUUGUUUGUUAAAUCUUUAAUAUGAACGUGAAAAAGAGAAAAAAAAAAUGGAACAACUCAUGAAAAAGGUUAACACAAAUUAAAGGGAUUUUCAAUAUUUUAAUCAACGGUGUGAAUUCUGGAGAAGCGGCAGUUCUCCUCUAAACUGCUUUGUGAUUUAGGCAGCCAGCCAGCAGUUCAAUAGUUGAAUCACCUCCUGUCAGGAGUUUGCAUUAAGUGUACACUUCCCAUGCAUGCUGUGCUAUAGAAAUGUCCUGUCUUUUUAUGAUCACCAGUAGGAAUGCAAAUACUCUGCGCAAAUCCAAAUAUGGUUGGAUGCUCUUCGCAUUGUUAGUAAGGAUUGUACUGUGAUUCUUCACUCUCUGAAUGGAGUGCUGUUAAAAGGCUUGUCUAUGGGUAUCUGUAUGUUUUAGUGGCAGAAUACUGUUUCCAUCCAGAUCGGUCAUUAUGGUAUUCGCUGUUGUUGUGGACAUCAUUUUGUAUGUUCCCGUCUUGUACGAUGAGGUGACUGAGAGAUAAAAACAUGACAGGCAACAACAAGCUGUCGUGCUGCUUGCAGCUGCUACAAACGGAAAUGUUCUCUGCUCAAGAAUAUUUAAACUUUAUGUUCAACAAGAAGCAGAACGAUAUGGCGAAUAUGUAUCCAAAUGCUGUGAUUAGGGAAGCCGUGCAACAUUCUAAAAAAAAAAAUGGCACAGUUGCUAUGGAAACCGUUUGAAUCCACAUCGGCAUUCCAAUAUUUGGUAGAUGGCCACUAGAGGAGGAGUUAGUUAUUGCAGUUUAUUAAAACGGUAAUAAUUACAUGAUCAGGGUUAAGGGUGAUGGGAUACUGCACCCAGAUCACUUCAAUGAGCUGAAGUGGUCUGGGUGCCUAUAGUGUCCCUUUAAGGUGUUUUAAUACACCGUUCUCCUCAUGUUUUCCUUGGCUAAUUACGAUGUAAUUUCCUAAAUUUAAAAGAAACCAGAGCAUCUAAAGAAAAAAAAAAAAAAGGUUAACGUAAGUUAAGGUCAUUUUCAAUGUUUUAUGGUAUAAACUCCAAAGAACUGACAGUUUGCCUUUACACAUACACGUCACUAAUCAAAAUAAAUAAAUGUCAUUGUCUUUUACAAAAUCCAUACGUUUUUGUUUUACGCCAUCCUUUUUGGGGUGGUCCUAAACGCCGGCGGGCAGCAUAGAACGUCUCCACCGUCCUUUGUACUUACCGGGUACUUACCGGGUCACCGCUAUUCCCCUGACGGCGGUUGCGAUCCUGGGGUCUGCCUGGGAGCUCAGGCAGACCCCCCUCUGCCCAAUCCAGCCCCCCCCCCCCCUGGCAAAUUCAAGCUCUUAGGCUGUCCCCCUAAUGCCUGCAAAAAAGUUUUUAAAGUUAACAAAAGUUAAUAAAAAGUUUAAUAAAAUAAAUAAAAGUAUAUACACACUGCUCAAAAAAAUAAAGGGAACACAAAAAUAACACAUCCUAGAUCUGAAUGAAUUAAAUAUUCUUCUGAAAUACUUUGUUCUUUACAUAGUUGAAUGUGCUGACAACAAAAUCACACAAAAAUUAAAAAAUGGAAAUCAAAUUUCUCAACCCAUGGAGGUCUGGUUUUGGAGUCACACUCAAAAUUAAAGUGGAAAAACACACUACAGGCUGAUCCAACUUUGAUGUAAUGUCCUUAAAACACGUAAAAAUGAGGCACAGUAGUGUGUGUGUGUGUGUGUGUGUGUGGCCUCCAUGUGCCUGUAUGACCUCCCUACAACGCCUGUGCAUGCUCCUGAUGAGGUGGCGGAUGGUCUCCUAAGGGAUCUUCUCCCAGACCUGGACUAAAGCAUCUACCAACUCCUGAUCAGUUUGUGGUGCAACAUGACGUUGGUGGAUGGAGCGAGACAUGAUGUCCCAGAUGUGCUCAAUUGGAUUCAGGUCUGGGGAACGGGCGGGCCAGUCCAUAGCAUCAAUGCCUUCGUCUUGCAGGAACUGCUGACACACUCCAGCCACAU